CGCGGGCCGGUCGUUCACCCGGCGCGCGCCGUCUCUCGCUCGCUCCUCCGAGCGCUCCGCUUGCCUCCAUUCUUUGCGAUCACACACGAUACUAUUACAAUUGUUCGUAGACCAUUCGUGUUACUCUCAGACUGUAACUCGUGCAAAAUUUUACAAUAUCCUUCUAAAAUUACAUUGUCACAUAAAAUCUAUGCUGAGUAGUCAACACUAUGGUGACGUCAUGGAGUGGUUUUCUACGGACUUGAUGUAGCCCCCCACUCGGCGCUCGGCACAGUACAGUUAGCCGCCGAGUAUCGCGCUCGCUAUCACCGCCAGCUCCUCACAGGGAAUGCGCAAGCGUCGCGCGUCGCGCGUAAAGUCGGCUAGUAAGUUAAGGUGUAGUGUGCCGUGUGUAGUGAUGUACCGACAUGGUUGUGUUGUUUAAUAUGGUCGUGUGCUGAUCAAACUUUGUUUGUGCCGUUUGCUAUGUGAUCUCUGCUCAGCCCUGAAUGAAAAGUGACGAACUGUGAAAGUUCGUCUAGACGCGUCAAUCUUAGGAAGUGUGUCCCGUAGCGCGCGCUUGCGCAUGACGUCUUAGAUGCCGCGAGCCGUGCCACCGCCUGUUUGACCGUGACCAACCACACUUAAAGCAUCAGAUGUUCUAGCUAAGACAAGUAGCUGCGUUAAGCGCUGGGCAACCUCAGCAAGCAACCAUGGCGAGCAGCAGCCGCAGCAGUCCCGACUCUCAGCAUGUCACUGGCGCGGCGCUGCGCGAGGACCUGCCGCUGAAGGCGGGCAGCGGAGUGCGCGCGCGGUGCUGUGCGCCCGGCCCGCGCCUUAUCCUCACCGCGUUCGCCGUGCUCUCCGCGGCCAUCACUCUGGCGCUCGUUACGCAAAUCUACUACGGUGACUUCGAGCUAGUCCCGCACGGCAGCGUGUCGUCGUCGGCCGCGGCGUGUUCCCGCGCGGGCACGGACGCGCUGAAGGCGGGCGGGCGCGCGCUGGACGCCGCCGCCGCCACCGCGCUGUGCCUGGCCGUGCUGGCGCCGCAUCGCACCUCCCUCGACGCGAGCGGGGCGAUGCUGUACUGGGAGUACCGCGCGGCACGCACGCGGCCUCCCACUCUGUACGAGUGGGGGGGCGCCAGUGAGGCUGGCCGCCAGGGCGCCAGUGAGGCUGGCCGCCAGGGCGCUGCCGGGCGCCCGCCCCGCCUCGUGGUCGCUCUCGCCACGCUGCACGCUCAACUCGGCGCCCUGCCAUGGGAGCAGCUCCUUAUGCCUGCCAUACGGUUAGCUAAAGAGGGCUACCAGGUAUCAGAGGGACUGGCAGCGGCGGCUGGUGCGGCGGACUCGACACUGGCGACAGGGACGAUGGCCACAGGGUCCCUGGUCACGGCGCCAGCGCUGGCCGCCUUCUUGUCCUCGCUACUUGCCAACACUAGCUCCGAACUUACGGAGGCGUGGCAUGGCGCUGCGCUAGUGCGUAGUUCGACGCCAGUAGAGACCCGCGCGGGCUCCUGGCGCCUGCUGACGCCCCCCAGCGCCUCGAGUGCGGCGCGUGCGCUCCAAGCCGCUCUGUUGCCGGCGCCUGCCUCACCCGACGAGGCACAAAGCAGGGUGGUCGCAGCGCUGCAGGUCGAGUCGCGCGCGGGCCAGCUGCCGGCGGACGGGCCGGCCACGGGCCUGGCGGCCGUCGACCAGUAUGAUACAUACAUCGCUCUAGUCACAGGGCUGUCGGCGCCUUUCGGAUCGGGCCCGGUGGUAGAGGGCGGGGCGCCAGACGGGUCGGGCUGGGCGCUAAACGGAGUGGGCUGGACGCUGGAUGAGCCGCAUGCACAGCUCGACCUAGCACCCGCUAUUAUGCUCGACACCACCGUCUGCGGCACGCGAUACGUGCUGGGGGCGGAGUCGACGAGCGCCCUGGCGCAGGCGGGCGCGGCGCUGGUGGUGGACGGCGCGGCCGGCGCCGUGGAGCGCGCGCGCGUGGCGCUGCGGCCCGCCGGCUUGUUGGCGCUGGAGGCCGGGCGCGCGCCGCCGCCCGCCGCCGCGCUGCCGGCGCCGGCCGCCUACAACGCCACGCCGCCGCACGCCGCCGUCAACCUGGUGCAGCAGCGCGCCGAUGCGCUGGCGUCGCACGCCGACAGUCGCGGCGGAGGACUCGCCUCGCGGUUCUGACCUCGUCCUUCUCCUGCUCGCUGCUCGCCCUGACAAGCCCUAACACUGCGACGCGACGGGCGAAUAACUUUUGUAGGAUACGGAUGUAAACAGAAAUCUGAAGCUGUAUCCUGUGGUAUAUCCCGUGUAUCCCGUGGGAUACAGCUUCAGAUUUCGGUUCAAUUAUGUUGAUGAUGUUAUUAGAGAAACAAUUUAUUUACUGCAGAUUAUACAUAAGUUCCGUUAAUUGUCCAAAGAUGGAGCUGGGCGUAAAUUGUUGCGAGUCAUGUUACCCUUCGUGCGAGAUUCUGACUCGCACUUGAAUGGCAGAGGCUCAUUGUUAUUUUUUUCUUAGCGUUAAUAAAUACAUAACGUCAGAAACUUUUUUAUUGCUUAUUUUUAUUCGUGAGGUCGUUUUGUUUAAACAUAGUUUAUUCUGUGAACACAAUUUUGUGAGCACACACUUAAGUUAUCUAUUCCAUUUGUAUUUCAUAUAAAAAAGUUGGAGCAGGGGUUUACUCUUGGGGACCAAUGAUAUGGAAAAGAAUAAUCUCAGUAUAAUAAGUAAGUACCUAUGAGCAUUCCCUGUGUACACCCUCCGCCGGUGCAGCCUCACGGUCGCGGCCGCGGCGCACUCGGCGCUGCUGACUUGUUUACACGAUGGUAAUAUCUAUUGAAUAUGAUUGUUACACAUAUAAAUUUGCACACGUGUUUGUGUGUGUGCGUCACGCGAGAUCCCCUCCCGAGGGGGAGGGGGGCCGUAUAUGUAUGUAAUAAACACGCGCAACUAACACACUGACAGAGUUCCUUUCUAACGCAAUAAAACUUGUUAUUUAUGCAUA